CAGUUACCUCAGUUUGUGCAUUUACUAUUUGUUUAAUUUGUGUAAGCAUACAAAUGUUUUAAUUUUGCAUCCACAAUUUUAAUUUCAUAAGUUACCUGUCGAAUGAGUUAGCUGUCGUGCUUGCUCCCGGACAGGCAAACGCAGUAUUUAUCUGCCUCUAAAACUUCAGUAUAGACGGAGCACAACAAUAUCAUUAAUGCAGCUGGACACAGACAAACACACCGUCUGAUCCACUGUCAUAUCUCACAAUGUGGACUAUCUGCGGUGCCUUGAUCUCCUGGGGUCUGCUGCUCUUGGUGCAUGUCCGAGCUCAGUCUCAAAACAGGCAGACCUUCACAUGUGGUGGGAAUAUAACAGGAGAUUCAGGUGUUAUCGGCAGUCAGGGUUAUCCUGGAGUCUAUCCACCCAAUACCAAAUGUGUAUGGAGAAUUACAGUUCCUGAUGGCAAAGUGGUUGUCCUCUCAUUCAGAUUUCUUGACUUGGAGAGUGAUAACCUGUGCAGGUACGAUUAUGUGGACGUUUACAGCGGUCACGCCAAUGCUCAGCGUCUUGGCCGCUUCUGUGGGACGUUCAGACCAGGAGCUCUUGUUUCUACAAGCAACAAGAUGCUUAUACAGAUGGUAUCUGAUGCCAACACAGCUGGCAGUGGCUUCCUAGCGGUGUACUCUGCUGCCAACCCACAUGAACGAGGAGAUCAGUAUUGUGGUGGUAGAUUAGUUAAGCCUUCAGGAACCUUCAAGACCCCUAACUGGCCAGAUAAAGACUAUCCUGCGGGAGUCACAUGUUCCUGGCAUAUAGUGGCACCGAAAAAUCAGAUUAUAGAAUUGAAAUUUGAGAAGUUUGAUGUGGAGAGGGACAACUACUGCCGAUAUGAUUACGUAGCGAUUUUUAAUGGAGGAGAAAUCAACGAUGCCAAAAGAAUUGGAAAAUACUGUGGAGACAGUCCACCGGCGCCUGUGUUUUCAGAGGGAAAUCAGCUCUUCAUUCAGUUUCUCUCUGAUCUGAGUUUAACAGCAGAUGGUUUUAUCGGUCAUUACAAAUUUAGACCAAAGAAACUUCCCGCCACAACUGUCGCACCAACCACAACAGCACCGCCCACUACCACCAGACCCAUACCUUUGAAGUAUUCAGCAGCGCUGUGUCAACAGAAAUGCAAACGUAAGGGAACCCCUGAGAGCCACUACUGUUCCAGUAACUUCGUAAUAACGGGAACGGUCAUAACUGCUGUAACACAUGGAGGUAGCAUGUACGCCACCAUCUCCAUUAUCAAUGUUUACAAGGAGGGCAGUCUAGCCAUUCAACAGGCUGGCAAAACCAUGAGCACUAAGAUUGUCAUCCUGUGCAAGAAAUGUCCCUACGUCAGGCGAGGUUUGAACUACAUCUUCAUGGGCCAUUCGGAUGAGGAUGGACGUGGAAUGAUCGCACCAAAUCAUUUCGUCAUGGCUUACAAGGCCAAGAACCAGAAGGACUUCAACAUGCUAAAGAACAAACACUGCUGAGCUAUCAAAGACUCGUCGUACUUACUGCAUGACCCAACAGUAGGGUCUUCGGAUUUUUUAAGCACAAGACGGAGCCCUGGAUGGACUCUCUUCUAUUCAUAUUUUUCAUGACUAUUUUUCUUAUGGCUUAAAAGUGACAGAAACUAGAAUGUAAAGAUUUUGGUGUUUUGAUGCACACCAUCCAGACCAAGAUAUUCUUUAUUUUUUGUGACUAAAUAGCAAAGUUACAGAAACUUUAUUUGUGGUUUUUGAAAGACAGUUGUAUUGUAGCAGCAUUAUCUUUUCACCUUUUUGUCUUCUAAAAUCAUGCUGGAUUUUGUUACUGUUUGUCUUAUCUAAAAAAAAUAUUCUCAUAGAAGCUUAUUCUAUUAUAUUAAGUUAUAAAUUAUUUGUUUUAUGAAAGAAAAUAAAGUCCAUUAUCAGUUUUGUCACUGA